AUGAACUCCAAAAUCGACGUCCACCACCACAUCUACGCCCCCUUCUACACCGAAGCCCUCAACGCCACCGGCGGCGACCCCUCCGGCUGGUACAUCCCGCCCUGGACGCUCUCCCUCGACCGCGCCCUGUGCGCCCGCAUCGGCGUCCAAACCGCCAUCCUGUCCCCGACCGCGCCCUUCCCGGACAACUUCAAGACCGCGGCGGAGCAGGCGUCGUUCGCGAGGAGGUUGAACGAGUAUAGUGCCAGGAUCCGCGAUGAGGAUCCGGAGCACUAUGGGUUUUUUGCCGCGGUGCCGAGUCCGAGGUUUGGGGAGGAGUGUUUGGGGGAGAUUGGGUUUGCUCUUGGAGAGUUUGCGGAUGGGGUGGUUUUGCUGAGUCGAUAUGAUCCGGAUUUGAUGUAUCUGGGUCACAAGGACUUCGUUCCAGUGUGGGAGGAGUUGAAUCGGAGAGAAGCCGUCGUCUUCGUCCAUCCAACGCACGGCACCGAUACCCGCCUCGUAAACCCCUCCCUUCCCCAACCCAUGUGGGACUACCCGCAUGAAACCGGCCGCACAGCAAUCGACCUCAUCACCUCGAACACCCUCCGGCACCACGCCUCAUCCUGCAAAAUCAUCCUCUCCCACGCCGGCGGCACGCUCCCCAUGCUACUCGGCCGCGCAGCAGGCAUGCAGCGCUUCACCGACUUCGGCGGCGCCCACAAGAAAACGCGCGAGGAGAUCUACGAAGAAGCCGGGUGGUUCUACUACGACACGGCGCUUUCGUCGGAUCCGGGACAGUUGGCGGCGCUGCAGGCGGUGGCGGGGAGGGAUCAUAUUUUGUUUGGGAGCGAUUUUCCGAAUUGUCCGGAGGAGGCGAUUGUGUUUUUUACGCAGCAGUUGGAGGGGAGUGCGGUGUUGAGUGAGGAGCAUAGGGAGGGGAUUGAUGGAGGGGCCGGAAGGAAGUUGUUUCCGAGGUUGGCGAAGUCAUGA